UUGUCAUCCUGCGCCAUGCGCUGAAGGAACCUCGGAUGUGAAAGUUCGAGAAGGCGAUUGCACGAAGGCAGGACCAACAGUCACAUGCGGUGUGACCUGUGAUUCAAAAACCGUCCAAUGCUCAUCUCAGACGGAGAAUAAUACUUCAUGUGCUGCUGCUGACACGAAACGAUGUGGUGCGCGGGACACCUGCUCAAUACCGUCGAAUGAUUGUGGGCCAUGCACAACCACGGCGCCUAAUGACUGCCCCCCGGCCGAUGAACAGUUGGCACAAACUGCUGCCACCGAUUGUGCAUAUAAAUGUCCUUCGACUAUGGACUCCAAAACAUGCUGUCCUGAACCUAAGGGUUCUCCUUCAGAGCCCUGUAGUGACGUCAUCAAGAAAUCGUGUUCGAGCGAUUGUUGUCCUGCGCCAUGCACUGAAGGAACCCCAGGUGUGAAAGCUCAAGAAGGCGAUUGCACGAAGGCAGGACCCACGGUCACAUGCGGUGUGACCUGUGAUUCAAAAACCGUCCAAUGCUCAUCUCAGACGGAGAAUAAUACUUCAUGUGUUGCUGCUGACACGAAACGAUGUGAUGCGCGGGACACCUGCUCAAUGCCGUCGAAUGAUUGUGGAGCAUGCACAACCGCGGCGCCUAAUGACUGUCCCCCGGCCGAUGAACAGUUGGCACAAACUGCUGCUACCGAUUGCGCAUAUAAAUGCACUUCGACCACAGACUCCAAAUCAUGCUGUUCUGAACCAAAGGGACCUCCUUCAGAGCCCUGUAGUGACGUCAUCAAGAAAUUGUGUGCAAGCGAUUGUUGUCCUGCGCCAUGCGCUGAAGGAACCCCAGGUGUGAAAGUGCGAGACGGCGAUUGCACGAAGGCAGAACCGACAGUCACAUGCAGUCUGACUUGUGAUUCAAACACCGUCCAAACUUCAUCUGCUACUGACACGAGGCAAUGUGGUACGCAGAAGUCUGCGUAUGACACUUGCUCAGUACCGUCGAAUGAUUGCGGGGCAUGUACGACCACGGCGCCUAAUAAUUGUCCCUCGACCUACAAACAGUUGACGCAAACUGCUACAACCGAUUGCGCACAUGAAUGUUGCCCAACCAUGGACUCGCCAGUGAAAUCAUGUUGAAAUAUUCCUUCCAUAGGAAGAAACGCAAACUCGUCUUUCAAGGUGUUUACAUGUGAGGGAAACGAGAAUGGACACGAGGAGUUUGGUGUUGCACUCAAGGGGAACUCCACUGAUGGACGAGACUAUCGUAGAUUGAACUUUCAAGUUUUUUGCUUCAUGCUGAGACAAGCUUAACUUACACCGAUGUAAUUUAGAAAAACGCGUACAUAUAUACUUUUCGAUGACAUGCCUGUAUUUUAUAGCAAGACUCCGGUGACAACCCGUGAGCCGUAUGAGUGGGAAUGAGCCAACG